GCUGGCCAAAGAUGGGCUCUGACAUAAUGUAGUUAACUAACUAGUCAUCAUGAGAAUGAUGAUGACUUCCCAGCUCAGGGUUCAACUUCAGUCAAGCUUAAACAACCAAUAAUGUUCUCACAACUGCUGGGAUUGGGCAAUCAACUAAAGCGCUGCUCCACAAAAUAGCCGCCAACAGGCUUGGACUGAGAAUUGUUGGGUGUUUUCAGUCUUUUUUGAUCUUCUCCUUGACAACUUCUAUCUAUUGAUUCAAGCACCAUGGCAGGAAGGAAAUGGUUUUCACAAUUCAAAAUUUAUCGUCGCAACAAGCAUUCAAGGCAGAUGAUAUCCAAUGAAGAGGAAGCUAAUAGUCACCGUGAGCCUGUUGUUCCGCCUGAAAAUACUGUUAAAAAUCCCGCCGGGAAAACAGACUUGACUCAAAUAUCUCAAACCAAGCUGCAGAGCCAACAUGCCCAUGGCAUGCCUGAAACAGGUCAUAAACCAGAAACGACACCCUCCGGCGGUGAUGCUGUCUGGAAGGAUUCACUUCAAAAGCAAUCUGCCACCCUAUUUGAACCAAAAUUACUCUGGGACAGAGCGUACGACAACCUCAGGGGAGGUCAGCCUGAGUUGGUGGAAGCCUAUGAGAGGGUUCUGUCUUGUGAAUUAUCUGAAACACCUACGGCCUCAGCAUCCAAUGAUCAGCAGAACAUGAUUGAGCAGAAGGAUAAAGAGGCGCGACGAUCGCAGAUGAGGAAGCUCAUUGACAAGGGUCUGGCCAAGACUGAACCUGAGGCCAAAGUCAAACAGGGCGCUGGACAUGUGGUGGAUGUUGUUCUUGCUUCAAACCAUAUGAUAAGCACUGCACUCAAAGCCUGCCCAGAAGCUGCUCUUGCAUGGACUGGUGUUACUUUCGCUUUACAGAUGAUAGCCAACCCUAUUAAGGAGACAGAAAUCAACCGUGCUGGCAUUGAAUAUGUUGUUAGAAAGAUGGACUGGUACUGGAGCUUGUCUCGCCAUUUACUCAAGGAGCGGGACCUGGAAAGCAAAGAUUAUGCAGAACUGCAAUCAGGGCUGGAGGGCCAAAUCAUCCAUCUGUAUAAGGUGCUCCUCUCAUAUCAGAUGAAGAGCGUUUGCUCGUACUAUCAGAACCGGGGCCUUGUCUUCCUCAAAGACCUUGUGCAACUUCAUGACUGGGAAGGGCAAAUAGAUGAUAUUGGAGAAGCGGUAACAGCGUUUUUUGAAAGCUCUCAGGAGUACAGUACCCAACAAAUCGUGGAUAUCCAGGAGAAAGAAAUGAAGACCCUGCGUGGCAUCCACCACGCCCUCCGGGAGCAAAUGUCGAUGCAAAGGGAUUCUCAAGAGCAUGCCAAAAAAGACCAAGAGAAAGAAAAAGACAGAGAGUGUCUGAAGGAUUUACGCUUGACAAAUCCUGAAGAUGAUGUGAAGCGCAUUGAAGACAGCAAAGAUCCAUUGCUGCGUGAAUCCUUCGUAUGGAUCCUCAGCCACCCUUGCUUUAUAGAGUGGACAGAUGACAAGAUGACCCAGCUCCUAUGGAUCAAGGGUGAUCCAGGCAAGGGGAAGACAAUGCUUCUGAUAGGAAUCAUCAAGGAAUUAUUAUCAAGCCCCUCUCAUAAGUCCAGGCACCUGUCUUUUUUCUUCUGUCAAGCAACCGAUGCAAAACUCAACAAUGCCACAGCGGUGCUGAGGGGCUUGAUUUACCAUAUGCUUGUUCAGCAACCUUAUCUCGUCUCACACCUUCGUAAAGAAUACGACACGGCAGGGCCCAAGUUAUUUGAGGGUGGCAAUGCAUUCCCUUCGAUGUCCCGAAUUUUUAACAACAUGCUUCAGGACCCCAGGCUCAAUCAAUUGUAUUUGGUGGUGGAUGCUCUUGAUGAAUGUCAAUCUGGAUUGGAGCAACUUUUGGGCUUCAUCAAUGAAACUUCUGCACACCCACAUUGUCAGGUCAUGUGGCUGGUGUCCAGCCGCAACAGGCUUGAUAUUCAAGAGCGUUUGUGCCCUGGAAAUGGAAGAAUACAGCUUGAUCUGGAACAAGAUACAGAAAGUCGGGUUUCUGAUGCUGUCAGCGCCUACAUUGACCAUAAAGCUUCUAAACUAGCCCAACUGAAACAGUAUAAGAGCGACCUUCAAGCUGACGUGCGGGACUAUCUGCAUAAGAACUCAUCUGGCACAUUUCUAUGGGUGGCUCUUGUUUGCAAACAACUUGAAAGUACUCUACGCUCGAGAACAAGUGAAAUACUAAGGUCAUUCCCACGUGGGCUGCAACCCUUUUAUCAACGAAUGAUCGAUCAAAUCCACACCCAUUGUGAUAGUAAAGUCUCUGUGUUGUGUAAGCAAGUCCUUGCUGCCAGUACACUUGCAUAUCGGCCGAUACACUUGAAAGAGCUUGUUGCUGUUGCUUGUCUGCCAGAGGAAAUUACUAGUGAUCAAGAUGAUGUCAAAGAUGUCGUGAACCUCUGUGGUUCUUUCUUGAGUGUUCAAAAUGAAACAAUUUACUUUGUUCACCAAUCAGCAAAGGACUACAUUGUGCGGUAUGCAAAUGCUGAGAUAUUCCCCCAUGGGCGUACAGAAGCACAUUGCACAAUAGUAUUGCAGUCACUUGAAUCCAUGUCACAGGUUCUGAGACGAGAUAUUUAUACUCUGCAGCAUCCAGGACUUUGCAUUACAGAUGUUCAUCCGCCAUUGGAAGACCCGCUUGCAUCAAUCCAAUACGCGUGUGUAUAUUGGGUCGACCAUCUCCAUGAAAUGGGAAGCAGUCACAAUAGAACGUUCCUCCAUGACAAUGGAUCUGUGGAUGUCUUUCUCAAGAAGCAUCUUCUUCACUGGCUGGAAGCUUUAAGCCUUAUGAAGAGGAUGUCAAACGGUGUGUCUGCAAUAGUUAAGCUACUCAGCUUGGUCACAUGUGUACCAAAAGAAUCUAGCCUUUCCAAGCUGGUCCAGGAUGCCCAUCGCUUUGUUUUAUUUAACAGGGGUGUUAUUGAGGGUAGUCCUCUGCAAGUAUAUUAUUCAGCACUUAUAUUCAGUCCAGUUGGCAGUUUAACACGACAUUUUUACAAGAAUGAGGGGCCACAUUGGAUCACUACAAAGCCAGUUAUGGAACCCGAAUGGGGUGCCUGCCUCCAAACCCUGGAAGGCCGUAGUGGAUGCGUUAGGUCGGUGGCCUUUUCAUCUGACGGUGCCCACAUUGUUUCUGGGUGUGAUGAUAAGACAGUUAAGAUCUGGAAUGCCAGUGAUGGAGCCUGCCUGCAAGCCCUGGAAGGCCAUAGUGAUUGGGUCUGGUCAGUGACCUUUUCAUCUGAUGGUGCCCACAUUGCUUCUGGUUCUGAAGAUAAGACGGUCAAAAUCUGGAAUGCCAGCAAUGGGGCCUGCCUGCGAACCCUGGAAGGCCAUAGUGAUAGUGUCAGGUCAGUGGCCUUUUCAUCUGAUGGUGCCCACAUUGCUUCUGGGUCUGAUGAUAAGACGGUCAAGAUCUGGGAUGCCAGCAAUGGGGCCUGCCUUCGAACCCUAGAAGGCCAUCGUGGUUGUGUCAGGUCAGUGGCCUUUUCAUCUGACAGUUUCAGUAUUGCUUCCGGGUCCCAUGAUAAGACACUCAAGGUAUGGGAUGCCAGCAAUGGAGUCUGCCUGCGAACCCUGGAAGGUCAUAAAAAUUGGGUCAGCUCAGUGGCAUUUUCAUUCGAUGGUGCCCAUGUUGCUUCUGGUUCUCAUGAUGGCACAGUCAGGAUCUGGGAUUAUGGCAAUGAAGCUUGCCUGCAAAUCUUAGAAGGUCAUGGUGGUUGGGUUAUGUCAGUGGCCUUCUCAUUCGAUGGUGCCCACGUUGCUUCUGGCUCUGAAGAUAAGACGGUCAAAAUUUGGAAUGCCAGCAAUGGAACCUGCCUGCAAACCCUGGAAGGCCAUAGUAAUUGGGUCAGCUCAGUGGCGUUUUCAUCUGGCAGUGCCCACAUUGCUUCUGGGUCCCAUGAUAAUACAGUCAAGCUCUGGGAUGCCAGCAGCAGAGCCUGCCUGCAAACCCUGGAGGGGCAUAGUGACUACAUCAGCUCAGUGGCCUUUUCAUCUGAUGGCCAUAGUGAUUGCAUCAGCUCAGUGGCCUUUUCAUCUGAUGGUGCUCGCGUUGUUUCCGGCUCCCAUGAUAAGACAGUUAAGAUCUGGGAUACCAGCAAUGAAGAUGGAGCUUGCCUACGAACCCUGGAAGGUCAUAGUGGAUGGGUUAUGUCAGUGACGUUUUCGUCUGAUGGUGCCCAUGUUGCUUCCGGAUCUCAUGAUGACACAAUCAAGAUCUGGGAUGCCAGCAACGGAGCUUGUCUCCAAACCUUUGAAGGUCAAGGAUGCUCUGUGACAUUUGACACUAUUACUUCACAUUUCCGUACUGGAAUGGGGGUUCUUCCGUGGGAUAACAUAUCGAGUACCCAGAAAAAUACAAAUAUAUGCGGAAUCACCCCGUGUCAAACCUAUGCUUUGAACAUCGAUCAGACGUGGAUCACCUGGAAUGGCCAGAAUGUACUAUGGCUGCCAACAGAGUACCGCCCGUCAUCCUCAGCUAUAAAAUCAAGCACUAUGGUCAUUGGAUGUCAAUCAGGUCAGGUUCUAAUAUUUAACUUCUCCGACAAGGCGCCUUUAUAACAUUAAUCAUUUCUCUGACGGUCAACGGCUGUCGAUGUUGGCAGACGUUGCCAACAGAGCAAUAUGAGCAAUGAUGAGCCCCUUGCACAUGUGAUCACAUGAUGGAUGUAUAAUUUUCCUUUGUCUUGUCAGUUGGUUUCCUUUCUUCUUCAGAUUCGAUAUUCUUGCCAAUAGUGUGACGGUCUCGAACAAUAUGAGUCUAUUGGUAGAACUAUCUAACGAAAUAUUUGUGACGGUCUCAAGCAAUAUGAAAUCCAUUGGUAGAUUAUCUGGCGAAAUGCUAGCAUGAGGAAAAAAAAAAAAAAAAGGCGCUGGGUCUGCCAGCGCUAGACUAUAUAAUGCGCAAGGGGUUCUUUCUCC